CACACAGUUGUGAGUCAAUUUUCUCAGCAUCAUUUUAUCAGAAUUUUUUUUUCUCUCUUUUCACAAAAAUUAUGAUGAUGAUGAUGAUGAUGCGUCUCAUUACGUUUUGGAUCGAAUCGAUCAGAGCAAAGAACAGUCGCACAGUGUUCUCUUUAUUGCCCUUGCGAAUCUACAUGUGAUGAUAAAGUGAUUUUGAACAAAAAAAAAGAAAGAAAAUUUGCUUUUUGAAUUUCCAGCAGUUCUUAAGUUUUGAUAAAAAAAAAUGUCUGAAGAGUUGGAAAUUGGAAUUUUUUUCUCUCUUUCAUUUUCUUGGAUUAAAACAAUUUAGUGGUGAACAAUUGAAAAAUAGGAAAAAAAUUCAUUUAUUAAAUUGAGAAGAAGUCUUUAUUGCACAGAAAAAAAAUGACUCAAGAAAAAGAAUGCAUGUCGUGUCGAAGUGUCCUUUGGAUAUUGGUCUUUUGUGGCUUUGCCAUGAAUUAUAUGUUAAGGAUUAAUUUGAAUCUCGCUAUUGUCACAAUGGUUGUGCCGCAUUCUCGUUCAAUUGCCGCCAUCGAAUGUGGAUUUCCAAUAGAAUUUAAUGAAACGACAAUUCCUCCCACCACGACAACAAAAUCCUCUGAAUAUUUGUUUGAGGACAGGUUCAAAUGGAAUGAAUACGAUCAAAGUUUGGCCCUUGGAUCGUAUUAUUGGCUCCAUUGGUUGUCACAACUUCCUGGUGGUUUACUCGCUCGUCGCUAUGGGACAAAGAUUAUUUUCGGAUGGGCCAAUUUACUCACAGCCUUAGUCGGCCUAAUGAUUCCAUUCGCAACCAAUUAUCAUCUCUAUGCUUUGGUAUUCCUCCGAGUCAUUCAAGGCUUUGUUGCUGGAGUAAUUUGGCCUGCUAUGCACGAUAUGACUGCCAGAUGGAUUCCGCCUCAAGAACGAAGUAAAUUCGUCAGCAGUUAUUUGGGAAGUUCAGUAGGAGCUGCAAUUACAUAUCCUUUGUGUGCUCUAGUAAUUACUUGGUUUAAUUGGCACGCUGCAUUUUACGUGACUUCAAUUCUUGGAAUAAUUUGGUUUGUCUUCUGGCAUUUCUUGGUGUUUGAUUCGCCAUCUGAACAUCCUCGGAUAUCGUCGAGUGAAAAGCGUUUCAUUAUCGAAAGUCUUCCAUUAUCGAGUCGAGAGGAAAAUGUUCCAUGGAGGAGGAUUUUAACUUCUGGUCCACUUUGGAUUGCAAUUAUCGCUCAGUAUGGUACAACUUGGGGUUUUUUGACAUUUAUGACUCAAGCUCCAUCCUACUUCAAUUAUAUCCACGGCUGGAAUAUUAACACAACUGGUGUUUUAUCUGGACUUCCACACGUGUUGAGAAUGCUUUUCUCCUACAUUUUCGGAAUGUUGAGCGAUUGGCUUUUAAAAACGAAAAAAUUAACUCUGACUGAAGUGAGAAAACUGGCGACUUUUAUGUGUACAAUUUUCCAAGGAUUUCUCACAUUGGGUCUUGGUUCGAGUGGUUGUCAUUCGAAUUUAGCAAUUAUUUUCAUGAUGACAGGAACUGCUGUCAAUGGAGCCGUAUCGUCGGGAACAUUAGCCACAUUCGUUGAUCUCAGCUCAAAUUAUGCCAGUGUUAUUCUUGGAUUUUGUAAUUUAAUUGCAGCAUCUUCUGGUUUCCUCUCGCCUCUCCUCGUUGGAUUAUUGACCACCAAUAACGUAAGCACAUCUCGAAUUCUUUUUUCUAAUUUUCAGCAAACUGUGGAAAGUUGGCGAAUGGUUUUCUCAAUAUCGUCAAUUCUCCUCCUCGUCAGUGGAUUUAUAUUCAUGCUUUUUGGAACUUCUGAAGAACAAUCCUGGAAUAAUAGUAAAUCUAGCGACGAUUUAAAUACAAAAAUUGAUGAAAUGCAAAAUUUACGUGAAAAAUCUGAAACAAAUGAUAAAAUUCAUGAGAAGGUACAAUUAAAGAAAAUAAAUGAAGAACAAACGUGAGAAAAAGAAA